CGACUUCUUCUGCUGCAAUCRCAUCUUAUGCAGGUGGUCGUUGAUGAUCGAUGGAAGGACACUGUUUGRUCAACGAAGAAGAUUCGRGACGACRCYGCGGAGGUCACAGCAUGUGUCGGUUGUCCUCAAUGGUGGGAGGAUAUGAGAGCGCUGUGCAAGUUGUUGGAUCCCAUCAUGGACAUGCUGCAGAUGGUGGACAGCGACACGAGGCAGAUUGACAAGAUUCUGCGUCGGUACGACGAGAUGAUCGCVCGUUGUUUGUCUGCAUGUGCCGCUUUGGAGAAGGACGAGCAGGACGCGCUGCUUGAAGUGUUUGACAGAUGCCGCACCAUGUUCAAGUCGCUUGCUCAUGUUGCUGCCAUGAUGUUGGACCCCGAGUUUCAAGACCGCACGAUGCUAGAUGACGAGGAGAUGCAGCACGGUUUAAAACUCGCUCUGAUUCAGUUUGGGUACCCAGAACAUUCGGAUCAGCAUACCGAGGUCCUUACUGCCAUUGACAAGUUCCAUUCCAGGGAGCCGCCAUUCGACGAUGUGGCCAUGGACCUGGCGGCGAGGAGCUAUACCCAUCCAGCAUGUUUCUGGGAGUCGAAGGCGGAGAGGUUCCCGCACACGGCCUUCUUCGCUGGCCGGAUACUGCGUGUGUGGGCGACUGCGUCGCCUUGCGAGAGAGCUUGGUCCCGUUGGAGUUUCAUCCACUCCAAAUCUCGUAACAGAUUGGAGGUGGCGCGGGCCGAGAAGCUCGUGCGAUGCCAUUKGAACCUUCGGYUCCUCGACASGCAGGCUAUGUCGGACGAUGCUCCCAGUGACAGGCCACAUCCGUAUGGGAGCUGGGUGCACUACUGGCAGCAGGUGGAGGAGGAGGUGCCCACCGACCAGCAGCUUGUGGCAGACCGAGGAGCCCGUGUGACAGUCACUAAGGAGGAGUUGACGCAGGCGAGAGAGAGGAUGUGCGUCGUGUCUCACAUGGGAGCCACUCAUCGCUUGCGGGAGUCUGACAGGAGGAGGUGUCAUGGCGGCGGUCGCGGAGGUGGUCGUCGGGGCGGUCGCGGGCGAGGCGGGCGUGGAGGUCCUAGCGGGAGGCGUAGUGUAGCGAGUCGUGGAAGGGCAGUGGACGAGCUAGUACGCAAGCCUCGACAGCGAUGGGAGGAGGGAGACUUUUUGUACGAGAGCUCGUCCAGCGAUGACGAGGAUUUCUUCGGGACUGGCAGGCCUUCACAGGAUGGCGACAGCGAUUUCGACGACCGUCACCCGAACGUGGGCGACGAAGAUGGCGCCAGUGGCGAUGGUCACGGUGACGGAGGAGAUAGGCCACGACCAGCACAUGGUGACACGAUGCGCGCCGACGGGGCAGGGGGCGAGCACCGCACAGCAGUAGAUGACGCUCGAGAUGGAGUGCAUGAUGAUGGUUCACGACUUGUCUCGGGCGGUGACCUGAGGCGCUUGAAACGCGGACCAAGGGAAAAAGACACUAUCGCUUCACGUGUGCGCAAACGUCACGGUGGGAUUGCUAGCAUUCCACUAUCACGAGUCCCCGCAACUGGGCAGAUUCCUGUUUCUGAGGACUCUUUCAGCGAUCACGGCGGCGAGGAGCGGAUCGAGCUGCAUGGCGGGAGCGGUCAUCCACGAGGUCUACCCCAUGUGUCACCGCCCAAGCCACAACAGCCUGUUGUCAUCGAGCGUGGAUCGGAUGGGUUUCACGUGGCAGGAGGCGAUAUCGCCGAUAUGAUUACGAGCCCAAUGGUGUCUGCCACGCCCACAAUUUUUCGUGUUGGCAAACUACGCGAGGUGGCCCUUGGUUUGGCGGAGACGGCGACGCGACACCGCCGCGACGGUCAGCGCAGCAUCGCACAACGCAGUCUUUCUCAUUCGUUUGACGGCGCAGAGGAAGGGUCUCAUGGUGGGCCAGUUGACACACUYGAAAGAGAAGCAAGACCCCCAAGUCCGCCGUCAAACUUAGAGCAUCAUCCGAUUGCCGCGGCUGUCGGCGCAGAUGAGGGCGUCCCCGUCACAAACAGUGGCGCAGACGCGACAGAACAGCUUGUGGUUGGGUCAUCGGCGACAGCACGGCGCGACAGCGCCACUGUUUUGCCGACAGUGGCAUUUUAUGCCAGCGGGAAGAGUACUGAGGGGAUGGAUGAGCAGGGAGUCCGGAAUGUUGGUAGGCCAUCUGCACCGUCUAUGGGGAAACGAUCCAUUGGGAGUGUGGAUGGUGCUCGGCACACCGCCAUGGCCGAGUUUGAGGACCGACAGGGGAGUGCUAUGCCGUUGAAGACGUCUGAUGUCCAUGCUACGAGAGCCGCAAAGGCGAGUCUUUCUCGGGCAAGGAAGAAGGCCUCGGCAAGGAAGGCGUCACGUUCAUCCUCACAUAUGCGUUCCCGAGAGAGAGGAUCGGGCGUUGUGCAUCUCGAGGACGAAGAGAUUGCACCUGACGGCGACGCAUUGGAUGUUGGAGGGAGGGAUGCAACGACGGCGGAUAUCGUCAGCAGGGAGGGCACAGGGAAUGCAGUGGCAGGUCAGAAGAUAGGCGGCAGUGUACUUAUCAUCCACGACGACAGCACAGAUGUCGCCCCGGGAGAGACCACAGGCACUGAUGAUGCAGGGGACUCCGAUUACGUACCCAAACCACGGGCGGCAGAUGGAGAUGAUGGAGGAGGGCGACGAAGACCACUCAGCCGAGAGGUACAGAAAAGCUGUCGUAUGAUCCGCCUGUCCUCCAACCGAGUGCCUGAAGCGAUUGCCAUCGCUGAGUCCAUAUCAGAUUCGGGAGCAAGAAAGGAAGGAAGGACGGAAGCAAGGAAAAUGGCUCACGUUGGCAAGUACGCGGACGAGCUCAUCGCCACGGCGAAGAAAAUUGCGACCCCUGGGAGGGGUAUCCUCGCCGCUGACGAGAGCACGGGCACCAUCGGGAAGAGACUGGCCAGCAUCAACGUGAAGAAUGUGGAAUCCAACAGGAGGGCUCUGAGGGAGCUUCUCUUCACCGCUCCUGGGGCGAUGCAGUACAUCAGCGGCGUGAUUCUGUUCGAGGAGACGCUCUACCAGAAGACGGCAGACGGGAAGCCUUUCGUCGAUGUCCUCAAGGCGGCCGAUGUGGUCCCUGGCAUCAAGGUCGACACCGGCGUUGCGGCCCUGGCAGGCACGAAGGGCGAGACCACGACGCAAGGGCACGACGGGUUGGGCGCCAGGUGUGCCAAGUACUACCAGGCGGGCGCGCGCUUCGCCAAGUGGCGCGCCGUCCUGAAGAUCAGCGCAGACGGAUGUCCUACGCCUCUUGCAAUCCAGUCGAACGCGGAGGGGCUGGCCAGGUACGCGUCCAUCUGCCAGGAGAACGGGCUGGUGCCGAUCGUGGAGCCGGAGAUCCUGAUCGAUGGCACGCACGACAUCGAGAAGAGCGCCGCUGUGACGGAGAAGGUGCUGGCGGCGGUGUACAAGGCUCUGAGCGACCACCACGUGCUGCUGGAGGGCACGCUGCUGAAGCCGAACAUGGUGACGCCGGGAUCGGACGCUGCGAAGGUGGCGCCGGAGGUCGUGGGCAAGUACACGGUGAGGACGUUGCARAGGACGGUUCCCSCGGCCSUUCCCGGGAUCAUGUUUCUGUCGGGCGGGCAGAGCGAGGAGGAGGCGACUAUGAAUCUGAACGCGAUGAACGCCUUGGAAGCCACGACGCCAUGGACGCUGUCCUUCUCGUACGGCAGGGCGCUGCAGGCGAGCACGCUCAAGGCAUGGGGAGGCAAGGUGGAGAAUGUUGCUGCAGCGCAGAAGGCGUUCUAUGUGCGUGCCAAGGGUAACGGAGAGGCGACACUCGGCAAAUACAGUGGCGCUCCCGCGAUCGAGGGAGCGUCAGAGAGUCUGCACGUUAAGGACUACAAGUACUGAAGUGUGGGCGGGAUUCAUUACUAGUUACAGUAUAGGAAUCUGCAUCGGCGACUUCCAAGCCUCGUGUGGAGGCAGGCGGUUGAUCGCAUAUGCCAUCGUAGAAUAGAACAGUAGGUGAUCCAUAGCCAGACUUUCUCUGCGUUUGAUUCGGAUGAGAGGGCUAGGUCUAUACUAAGAGGUAGGGUCAGGUUCAGACAGCAGCUCGUUGCCUCGACUGCUGUGGCAUCCGUAGUUUGCCUUAAAGUU